AUGUGCGGCAUCCUGGGCAUCUUCGACGUGCCUCCCAACACGUCUCAGAGCGAGCUCCGCAAGAAGCUCAUCGAAUGCGCGCGGCGCCUGCGCCACCGCGGGCCGGACUGGAGCGGCUACCAGCUCCUGAGCCGCGCGCCCGAGGGCGCGGGCCUGAAGAAGUCCGGGAGCGGCACGCUGCUCGGCAUCGGCGCGAACUCGCUCACGAUCUCCGAGGGCGGCGCCCGCGGCAAGGCGCAGCACGCCAUCGCGCACGAGCGCCUCGCGAUCAUGGACCCCGAGAGCGGCGCGCAGCCGUUGUUCGCGGCCGCGCAGCGCGGCCCCGACGGGACGGUGACCGUCGAGGAGGCGUCGGUCAUCGUCGCCGCCAACGGCGAGAUCUACAACUACAAGGAGCUCUACGCGGAGCUCGCGGCCGACGGCUUCGCCUACGCGCCGAAGACGGGUAGCGACUGCGAGGUGCUCAUCCCGCUCUACCUCAAGUACGGCCUCGAGGGCGCCUGCGCCAAGCUCCGGGGCAUGUUCUCCUUCAUCCUCUACGACCAGCGCACGGGCUUCUACGGCGCCGCGCGCGACCACAUCGGCAUCACGUCCCUCUACAUCGGCCGGGGGCCGGACGGCUCCGUGUGGAUCGCGUCCGAGCUCAAGGCCAUGGCCCGCGACUGCCCCUCGCUCGAGCAGUUCAAGCCCGGCCACUGCUGGCGCUCCGACACCAAGGACUUUGUCGAGUGGUACACGCCGGCGUGGCGGUCCCUCGAGGGCCUGCCGGCGGCGCCGUGCGACUACGGGAAGCUCCGCGAGGCCUUCGAGAAGGCCGUGGAGCGCCGCAUGAUGUCCGACGUGCCCUGGGGCGUGCUGUUGAGCGGCGGGCUCGACUCGUCGCUCGUGGCGUCCGUGGCCCAGCGCUUCCUGAAGAAGAAGGUCGCGGCCGGCGCCGGCCAGUGGAUGUCCGCGCUCCACUCGUUCUCCGUGGGUUUGGUCGGGUCGCCGGACCUCGCCGCGGCGGCCAAGGCCGCGGCCCACAUCGGCACGAUCCACCACCCCUACACCUUCACGCUCCAGGAGGGCCUCGACGCCGUCGCCGAGGUCGUGCACCACCUCGAGACGUACGACGUCACGACGAUCCGCGCGGCGACGCCCAUGUUCCUCAUGGCGCGCAAGAUCAAGGCCAUGGGCGUCAAGAUGGUGCUGAGCGGCGAGGGCGCCGACGAGAUCCUCGCGGGCUACCUCUACUUCCACAAGGCGCCGGACGGGGCAGCAAAAGAGGGCGAAAUUCCCAACUUCAAAGGCUCCGAUCUCGGCCAUUUUCCACUCGCGCCGGACGCCGGCGAGCUCUUCGCGGAGCUCAAGGACAAGGUGAAGCAGCUCUACAUCUACGACUGCCUCCGCGCGAACAAGUCGACCAUGGCCUGGGGCGUCGAGGCGCGCGUGCCCUUCCUCGACGCCGACUUCCUCGACGUCGCCAUGUCCAUCGACCCGCGGGAGAAGAUGAUCGACGUCAAGGCGGGCCGCAUCGAGAAGUACAUCCUCCGCAAGGCCUUCGACGUGCCCGAGGACCCCUACCUCCCCAAGGAGAUCCUCUGGCGCCAGAAGGAGCAGUUCUCCGACGGCGUCGGCUACGGCUGGAUCGACGCGCUCCGCGACCACGCCGAGGCCCACGUCAGCGACCACCAGUUCUCCGUCGCGCCGCACCGCUUCGCGUACAACACGCCGCGGACCAAGGAGGCCUACUACUACCGCCAGAUCUUCGACUCGCUCUACCCGUCCCUCGCCGCGGCCCAGACCAUCCCCGAGGGCAAGUCCAUCGCGUGCUCGACCGAGCGCGCCUUGAAGUGGGACGCGUCCUUCGAGGGCCGCGCGGACCAGUCCGGCCGCUCCGUCGGCGUCCACGUCGCCGCCUACGACGCCUCCUUCGACGCCGACGCCGACACGAAGAAGGCCGUCGGCCCGGGCGACGUCGGCGUCGCCUUCUAG